GAAUUUUCUGCCAAUCCAUCUGGACCCUGCUCUACCAAGCUCUCUUGCUCCCCCAUCUUGACACCCUGGCAGGCUCUCAGUCUCAUCGGAUGUCAGAACGCCCUUGUGGCGAAUGGGAGCAGUUGUCUGGCCUAGCUGCUGCAGCUGAGCCAACCCGAUCUUGCGUUGACGGGGUCUGGAGGGUGCGCCGAAUGGUGCAGGGGCUUGCCGUAGAUUACGGCUAAUUUCCCUGUGGUCCCGCGUCUCGAACCGAGGGGGUCGGGUCCUGUCAUCGAUGUGAGCGCGUGAAAGGCUGGGGCAGGAGCGAGGUGCUCUCCUCUCCAGUACCGGCUUCGCUUGCCACCUUGCAAGCGACAGAUUCGUGUUCAACUGAGUUUGAAGAGUUCAAGAACAAUCUGCAGGCGAAAGCAGUCUGCACUCUGGGCUAGGCAGACAGUUGGUUGAAGCAGCAGGGUUCAGGCAUUGCCGCUAGUCCAGUGCUCAGCAACAUUACCAGCAGAUGGUGGGUGUCCGUGCGCAAGUCCGAGCGCUGUCUGUGCUCUACUGGAAGGCCGCUGCCUCGUUCGAGGUGGCUGCUGGGGACGUGUUCGGGGUUUACUGUGCAUAGGGUGCGGCCAACUGGGGGAGUUGGCCGCUGACUUCAGGUGGAUCUGGUUAAGGUGUAACCGGGGGUUCAACGUCAGGGUUAACGGUAUACACAAGGGUUUUCGGAGUUAAACGGGUUUUUGAAGGGUCAGGAAAAGGUUGAGGGAGAAUCAAACCAGGCAAGAUGGGGUUGUUUUCGAGGUUCACGAAGAAGAAGGAGCAAAAUGGGGUCAACCAGGAGCAGGAGGUCAGCAGUGCGCAGAGCAGUCCCAGGCGCCCUUCCUUUGAGAGCAAGCUAUCUGCGCUCUCAAAGCAGAGCAGCCUUGCCCCCACCAAGGAUCCUGACACCAAGGAUCAGCUGUCUGCUGACUUAAGCAACGGGCUGCCCUCACCGAAGGUCGGGGGGGUGCCUGUUGUGCUGGACGAUGUCCUGGGGGGGCCUCGUUCCUCUGGCAAAAUCAUCCCCCUGGUGGACAAUGCGGUGGCGCCCAAGCUUGCUGUUGGUGCGGGGCUUCCAGAGGCGGGGAGCUCGUUUGGCACCGAGAAGGGGGUGCACUUUGGUGGCAUUGACCGCCCCUCGUUCCAGGACGGUCCUUCGUUCCAGGACUCUGCGUACAGUGAUCACAUGAGGGGGGUGGAUGUGCUUGAGGGCUCGGAAAGCGAUAGCAGUGGUGAGGAGGGGGGGAGCGAGAGGGAGGAAGAAGGAAAGGAGGAGGAAGAGAGGGAGGACAACGAAAGCGAGUUUGGGAGGGAUGAAGAGGAGCGGUUUGCAAACGAAGGGGGAAGGUUUAGGAAUGACGAGCCCGACUUCUACGGGACAAAGGAAGGGAGCGAGGGGGGGUAUCGGAGUGAGGGGGGGCGCACGCCGGAACGGGGAGGUGAUGUGGGUCUGCGUUACCACAGCGGACCGGAAGUGUCCGAAGGCGAGAUGAAGGGGAGCGGUCCGGGGUGCCAUAACGAAGUGACGAGCCCCGAGGAGGGACCCCCCAGCAGAGGGGGGGGGAGCGGCGAGACCCCCUGGACGCAGGGACCGCUGGAAGAGGGCGAGCUGCCAAAGAGUGAUAACGAGGCGCUGAUGCUCGUUGCGACGUGGGAGAAGGAGAAGCACAAGAAGAAGCCGUGGUGGAAGGUGUUUGGGCCGGGGGCGCACCAGAAGCACUCGGGGGGUGAUUCGACUGACAACCUUACCCCCCGCAGCGGGUCAGACUCGGAGACGAAGUCGGGCCGCGACCUGUCCCCCCUCUCAGACUCCGCGGCGCUGAAGCGGAAGGAAUCCAUUUUCAGGGGGAGGGGGAUGGCGGCAGAGAAGCAGAGCCAGGACAGCGAGCGGUCCCGCUCGCCCCUGUGGUUCUUCCGCCGGGAGGUCAUGCACAAACAGGGGGGUGGUUCUGGCUCUCCGACCACCUCCCCACCACCGCGCGGCGUGGCACUUGAGCUCAGCAGCCCCCGCGCGAGCAACGGCAGUGCACUGGUGCGCGAUGCGAGUCCGCUGCCGGUCGAGCCUGCCAAUCCCGUUGCGCCAGCUGUUCUCCCCACAGUGGAAACAAGCGUCGCCGGACUUCUCCGGCGCGAGCACCUCCGAGCCGUUCCUGAGCGCCGCGAGCUCUCGUGGGUUAAGGAGUGGGUUAGCAAGAUUGACCCCGCAGAAGCCCCGUCGGACGUUGAGCCGGAGACUGAAAGUGUGCCUGAGCCGUCUUCACCCCCGUCCUGGGAGGGCAACUUGCUCCUGGGUCCUGACCCCCCCGAGCUGAGCCUCAACCAAGCGCCGGGAAAGCCCCGGGAUGCCGAAGUCCCGGCAAAAGCGGCCCCAAAUGCUGACGUCGUUUUCGCGAACUCGGUCGCGAGCGAGGUGGACCUCAGGGCGGCGACGGCGCAUCUUGGCGGUAGGGGCCUCAAGAUGGUCCCGCCCUCGCUCAGCAUCUUUGGGGCGCUCAAGUCGCUGGACCUGUCCCGCAACUCGAUUGCCCAAAUCCCGUCUGGCGUGCUCCCCCGAGGCCUGCAUUACCUGGACCUCUCCUUCAACAAGCUGACGGCCGUCGAGGGCCUCCGGGAGCUGACCCGCCUGCGCGUGCUCAACCUGCACGCCAAUCGCAUCGUGCGCAUCGGCCACGGGCUUGCAACGUGUCAGUCGCUGAGGGAGCUGCACCUGGGUGGGAAUAAGAUCGGGGAGGUCGAGGGGCUGCACCGCCUGCUCAAGCUGCAAGUGCUGGACCUGAGCGAAAACAAGCUGAGCUCCACCAAGUCCCUUGGCCAGCUGGCAGCCAACUACAGCUCCCUUCACGCUCUCAAUCUCAUCGGCAACCCGGUCCUCGCGUCUGUCGGCUCCGACCAGCUCCGCCGCUUCAUGGUGGGACUCUGCCCCCAAAUCAUGUACCUCAACAAGCAAGCUCUCAAGACGCUGUCAGGCCGCGACGUGGCAAUGGAGCGCGCGGUGCUGGGCAAGAGCCACGCGGGGGCGCGGGGCGCCAAGCGCGAGAAGGGCCACGGGAAGUCGUCGCCCGUGCGCAGGGGUCGCGCGUCCACCGGGUCCGUGGCAGGGCCCUCCGGCAAGCGCACCUCGCUGGGCCGCUCCAAGAGCUCGUCCCGCCUGGCUGCCCCCGCUGUCGUCAGCCAUCAUCAUCACCAUCAUCACCACAGGUCGUCGUCGCAGCACAGGCACCACCACUCGCACUCGGGGGGCCACCACAAUGCACACAGCAUUCCCCGGGAGGUACGCCCCAUUGACACCACUGAGAAUGGUCGCCCUGGCCCUCCGGAAGGUCUGAGCCCCUCGAAGCCUCCACGGCCCCCUUCCAUGAUCGCUCCGCAAGUGGGGGCGCCCUCCCAAGCAGGUGGAUUUGAGUUCAACAUCCCGAGAGUGUAUAGUGAGAGCGCUAUCGAGCCCCCCCGUCAGCUGGUCAAGCAGCAGAGUGGAGAGUUUUGAGUGCUAGGUCGAUUAUGUCAGUUAGCGAACACUUUGCAUACCAUGUAGGUUUCGGUGGAGGUGUCGUAGUGCACAGGAACGUUGAUUGGUAAGAUAUGCCUUCCAAGCGGAGUUCAGAGGAGUGGGGACGAUCAAAGGAUUCUUGUCUUGAAUUGUUAGUCGUUGUUUGCACAACCACUGCUCCGUCUCGUGGCUAUCCAGUUGAGACGAGCGGUCAAGAAGAUGUCUCAUUCGUUCACCAUUUUGACCACUCUGAG